GGUCCUACGAUACCUUCCAGCGAUAUCGACCUCACCGGAACCAACAGCUGAUGAGAUCGCACAGUUCACCCCAGCGGAAGCCGACUCCAUCAACAAAGGUGUCUUCAACCCGGACGGAUCUCGGAUCCCACCCAAUUUCGACCACCAUGUGGAUGAUUGUCUUUAUGUUGAUGUCGCAAAGACACUGAGACAAACAAUUGCCUCCAGUGUUCUGGCUCUUUACUUGAUCCUUGGUUUCCCAGAUGCCUCAAAAGGGAUUCGAGAUUGCGUGUCUUGGGAAAAGUUCACCACUACCUUUUCCCAUCGUCGACACUGCCUUGGUUGGUUGAUUGAUUCCCGCGCCCUUACGGUGAGCCUCCCAUCUGAGAAACGCGAUCGUAUCAUCCGACGGCUCCGGACCUUUCUCCGGAAACAUCGUCUAACCCUUCAAGAAAUCGCCGAACUCCUUGGUCUGCUUUCGAACGCCACUACAGUUUGCCGCCAUAUGCGCUGUUCCUACUUCAAUUUGCAACGCCUUCUUCGUAUGAUCCUCGUUCAUCGGUACCGCACCCUCAUUGGCUACCACAGACGGAAGGACUGGGAGCUUCAGAUCGCCUCUCGACUGUCUUCCACCUUUAUACACCGCAUGGAUGGGAUCUUGAGCCGUAAGAUGGCUAAAGUUCUUUGGGGCUCCAAGCAAUCCUACAAGCUGGGUCCGGCUGCAAUUCGGGAGAUCAAGGCCAUUAUCCAUAGCCUACGAACUGAGGAAUGGAAGAUUUUUAUUCCCCAGAUGAUCCCUCGUGACCACCAUUUCGAGUCCUUUGGCGAUGCUAGUUUUAUUGGGGGCGGCGCUUAUUCUACGUCCUUGGACUACUGGUUUCGUGUUGUUUGGAGUAAACAAAUUGUGGCAGGUACUAAGUUAAAGCCCUCCGACGCAUCUUAUAUCCACAUCAAUGUGUUGGAGUGCCUCGUUUCCUUCCUGCAGGCAGUGGCCCUUGUCGUGACCAUUGAGUCUUCCGCGCUCUCUGCCCCCAUCCGUGAUUUGUUCCCAAAUGGUAUUCCGGCGUUCCCGGUCCUUCGUUGUCGUACGGACAACACCGCGACGGUAUCUUGGAUCAAUGACACCCGGACCACCAGUCCGUUGGCUCAGGCCUUGGUUGCGCUCUACGGCCAGCUCUUGAAGAGAUCUUCCUUGGUUUGCCACACGGUGCACAUCCCUGGCGAUGACAAUGUCCUCGCCGAUUGGAUUUCUCGCCCCGACUCUCUCUCACAUGAACGCCUUUUUCUGCAGACAUCACAGAAGUAUCCUUGGAUGAACGCCUUGCGCAAUUUCCAGCCCAUCGACUUGGCGGUGGGCAAUACCGUCAAGGGUAAGCCCAUCAAAGCAGCGACCAUUGGCAACUACCUUCGAGAUACAGCUACCCUUCUUGAAAACUUCUGUGGUCGAGAUCCCCGCUACACUAAUCGCUCUGACAAUGAGUUGGCGCUUCCUCUCCGCGCUGUUAUGACCGAAUGUUUUCGCCUUCGCGAAUGGGCCCAGGAGGAUGAUUACCGUCGCCUGGCUUCCGGUGGCGAGAUCGCCCCGAAUGGUACGAAACGCGCUUUCACUCUCGGUGACAUUCGUUUGUUCGACUCGGGAAACCGUCCUGUUUCGAUUGCUGAGUUUAUCGAGAAUUUUGAUGCCGUCGCCCGCUCCAAUGUCAAGUUCUCUUGGCAAAAGAACCACGACCACGGUGAGGAAAAACUGCUCUCCAGCAAUCCUCGUAACCCUUCCCGCGACGCUCUGCGGAGUCUCCAUAACAUUGUCAGCCGAUUUGCACGGAUUGUCGGCCUGGAUAAGACCGAUAUCCCACUUGCAGUGUACAAAGGAUCCUUUGGUGAAAAGUUUUUCAUCCACAGCAAAGUCAUUGCUUCCACCCUUCGGACCUUGGCCAAGAAGACUUACAACCUGACUGAUCGCGAUCUUCAGCGACAUUACAAAUAUACGUCCCAUUCUCUUCGAGCUGGGGCGGCAGUGAUCCUUCACGCUGCGGGUAUCAACGCUAUUCAGAUCAAAUUUCUCUUGCGCUGGCGCUCUGAUUCUUUUUUCCUUUACCUUCGCAAUGUUGCGCACCUUUCGGAGCAACAAAACCGGGCAAUUAACCAACUUGCCUCGGCUACUCAGUCUGAAGUGACUGCAGCUCGCGCUGCUUCGAGACUCAUACCAAACAUUGUUUAG